AUGAUUGACAGUUGCACUUUUGAGAAGUCACCAGUGGAUAUAGCUUAUAGUUACACUAUUAUGGCAUUUGAAGUGGUGCCCACAACUGAUAUGCGGGGUUCGGAUUGUAUUGAUCAGACGGCCAUUUUGACGGGGCGGCGAGUUGAUUGCAACGCGCAUGUCCGAUCCGCGGCGCCCCAGAGCAGACGACCUGAGCUCGGCGCAUCCCUCAUAGCUCUGGCGACAGCGCUAUGUGCUGUA